AUGAACCUUGUGAUGGUAUUCGCUGUGUUUGGUGACUUCGAGGCUCGGCAGCUGAAGUCGCACCUUAUGCUGAACUAUGACCCCGGGCUCCGCCCCGUCACUGACGUCACACACCAGACUACGGUAGAGGUCGGCAUCGACUUCCGUCAGGUCAUCGAAAUAGUAAAUAUGCUGUUUGGCACUACGUUUCAAGAUGAGAAGAACCAGAUUAUGACAUCAGUGGUUUGGCUAAGACAGUACUGGUAUGAUGAGGCUCUAGUGUGGAACUCCACAGACUUCUGGGAUAUCUCUUACGUCAAUAUCCCGUCCAAUGAGGUCUGGCUCCCGGAUACCGUCCUCUAUAACUCAGUAGGGAACGACCAUAACCAGCUCAUGACGAAUGUCGUCAUCAACUCGGCCGGUUACGUCACGUGGAUGGCACCUCGCGUCUUCCGUUCCUCCUGCAACAUCGACAUCUACUACUUCCCGUUCGACGACCAGAAGUGUCUGCUGGAGUUCGGGUCCUGGACGUACGGCGGGUACGACGUCAACACGACCACGGAGUCGGUCCCGCCGUCGCUGACGUACUUCGUGCAUAACGAUGAGUGGGAGCUGCUGGCGAUCGGGGACAAACAUGAGGACAUUUUCUACGUCUGCUGUCCGGAGCCGUACCCGCUGGUCACCUUCACUAUCUACAUCAGGAGGAGGUCCAUGUACUACCUGAUCUUUCUGGUCAGUCCCUGUCUGCUCUUCUCUAUCAUGACGAUCCUGGGGUUCUACCUACCGCCUGAGGCCGGGGAGAGGGUCGGUCUGGGCAUCACCGUGCUGCUGGCCUUUACCGUGUUCCUGCUGAUGGUGUCUGAGCUCAUGCCGCCCACAUCAUCAGCCGUGCCGCUUAUUGGUAAGUCCGUGUUCCUGCUGAUGGUGUCUGAGCUCAUGCCACCGACUUCAUCAGCCGUGCCUCUUAUUGUGUGUUACUACGGAGUGACCAUCAUGUUGGUGAUGUUUGCCACCUUCAUGACGAUCCUGAUCCUAAACCUGCACCACACCGACCCGUCCUGCCGCCCGCUGCCUCCCUGGGUCCGCCGGGCCUUCCUGCACGGCCUCGGCCGCGUCUUCUGCACCAGGCCACACCAGGCAAAAGCGCCACCUGGCGUGGACGUCAGCCUCUCCAACUGCACCGAGCUAGAGUUUCUGUGCGAGGAGUACGAGAACGAGAUUCGCGUCACAGACAACGGGAAGAACAAGAACGUGGAAGACGCGCACGCGCCGGACAAGAGAUACGUGGCGCUGCUGCGCGCACUGCGCAUGCUCAUGAGGGAGCUGCAUCUUUACGUGAUCAAGUGUCAGCAGAUGUCAGCAGCCAAUGAGAGUCGAGAUAACGACUGGAAGCGGGUGGCGAGAGUGUUGGACAAACUGUGCGUGGCGCUCUUCACUUUUACCACCGUGGUGACUGCUGUAGCCGUGCUGCUCAAAGUGCCGCAUAUAAACCUGUAA